UUUUUUUUUCUUCCAGAGGAAACUUGAGGAUAAAGGUUGAUGUGACUGACUCCCACUAUUCCCACAGAGGGAUGAACGCCCGGGCUGGACCGUCAGAGGAUACAGGUCGUCAGGCUGGAGAGGUUUCGCUGCUGGUCUGCUGCUAUGAUGAACUUGCUCAAGUGUUUGUGUUGUGUGCUCCUGGAUCUCUUGGCGGUGCGCGGCCGCGUGCUCCCGCACAGCCGUAUAGUUGGCGGCUACCCCGCUGCACCGAACUCCAUCAAAUACAUCGUGUCGCUGCAAAGCACCAGCGGCCAACACUUCUGUGGAGGAUCGCUGGUUCACAGGUACUGGGUGCUCACCGCAGCACACUGUAACAUCGGGGCAGAGCAGAUCAUGAUAGUGGCGGGGGACUACAGAGUAAACUACUUCGAGGGCACUGAGCAGUACGCUAAACCCAACAGGCUGGUCACCCAUCCGCUGUACAACAGGAGCACCAACAACGCAGACAUCAUGCUCAUCAAGUUGCGGGCCCCAAUGGUCCUGAACAAAUACGUGUCACUGGCGCCUCUUCCCAGGCAGGGGACAGGUUUGUUCGAAGGUCACGUGUGUCGGGUGUCUGGGUGGGGCUACAACAGUCUGGGUGGAGGCCAGGUCCCUGUCACACUCAGGACAGUCGCGGUGCCCAUUGUUUCAACCGCAAGGUGCAACAGCAGCGACUCCUUCGAUGGUAACAUCACAGCAAACAUGAUCUGCGCCGGCUACAGGACCGGGGGGAAAGAUGCGUGCAAGGGGGACUCCGGCGGGCCCCUGGUGUGUGCGGGACGGGUCUAUGGCGUGGUCUCCUGGGGCAACGGCUGCGGUGAUGCGAGGUUUCCUGGAGUCUACACGGCCGUGUCCAGAUUCCGUCGGUGGAUUGAUCAAACCAUCUACGGGUCAUUCCUACGUUGCUCCAGACAAUGACGACGCUAAUGACGGGAUGAUGAAAAGAAUCACUGACGAGGUUUUAAUCAGAGGUAGUUCUGUUGAAAACCUGAGGAGUUCUGUUUUUACUACUAAUUAAAUCGUGAUGCAGUUUAUAAUCUCACAUGAUCUAGCUGUGAAUGAACUGGCUAGCUCCUGUAGCUGUGGGAUCCUCAGCAGUUGUACACUUUAUACUGUGCAUGCAAUUCCAAUAAAACUUCAUAAAUGAAAUGACCAUUUUAUCAAAAUAAAUGUAAUGAUUUAGAGUUGUGUCAGAAUUGCGAAUAUCUAGAAUUUUUACUUUUGCAGGACAUAUAAAAACGAUUCAUUUUCCGUUUUGGGAAGCUGUGCAUUUGUUAAUUUAAAUAUGACGACAUAUUUUAAGCUAAAGAAAAACAGAAUGGCUCAGCUGGAAAAGGGGAAUGUUACUUUCAUGCAAAAAAAUUCAUUGCAUGAAACACAUGGGCUUAAUUACAUUAACAGGCCUCUGUCAUUUUAUUUCCUUUUUCAUUUAAUUUAUUUGGCACCUUUUAAAUUACGUUAAAGCACAACACGCCAUCAAACUGGUCCAACAAAGCCAGAUUAAUGGUCAUGAAUAUUUAAAGUUGCAAAGAAACAUUACAGAUCACUUGGUAUACUGCAUAGGUCUUCAAUAGAGGGUCCGCGACCCCUAGGGUCAUCCGGACAUUUUUUAGACAUUUCUUUCAAACAUUUUUCCCCACAAUUUUCCGAAAAGUUCAAUAUAUAACACAUAUAGUGGGUAGGGGGUCCCUAUUUAGUCUCUUCACCAGUUUGGUGGACCUUGGGCUGAAAAAGGUUGAAGAUCCCCGAUAUACUGUAUAUACAUAUAUGUGUCCAAAGACAUUAUGCACGAGUCUUAAACCUGCAAGUCCACCCAUGUAUGCAAGUACUGCAGCUAUUAAAGAAAAAUAAAACAGUCCAUUCAUCAUCCUUGGACACUUCUAGUAACGCCCACUAACCUUUAUUAGCAAUUAGCUCGUGUUUGCAGUCUUUAUGCAGCAUAAGUACAGUAUGAAUAGCACAACUGAGUCAAACUGUCCUCCACUGGCUGCUGUUAUUGUACAUUUGAUUAAUUCUCCCCUUUGGCUGCAGUAUAAACACAGUUGUACUAAUCUUCAAUGCUCACUAGCUCAAAACCCACAAACCACUUCAGAUGACACCAAAACAGCAGAAGCGAACGAGCUGCUAUUGGGAAAUAAAAGGUGGCUCCUGUGAUAAAAAUCAUGGCUGCCUUAAGUCUAAUGGGAGUAGGUUAGGUGUGUCAUGAAUGCGCCUCUUCUGU